GCGCAGCCUGGGAGCGGGGCUUUGGAGGUCAAUGGGCGCCUUACACAGAAGCCUUUAGAUAGAGGUGGGAUCUUUCGGAGGCAAGGGGAGCGAUGUCACUAGAGCAACACAAAAAUUCCCCCAAAGUUCUCCAUUUAUGAUGAGAAUCUGUUAGAAUCGAUUUCUGAUGUUCCAAAUGGAUCUUGUGAAGAAGAACACUUUUCUAUUGAACGGAUUUUCCCUCCACAACAAGACAUAGUUUCUGAGGAUUAGUGAAUGAUUUACGUGUCUAUUUCAAGAAGAUUUUCUUUCUUUCUUUUAAAAAAAAUAAGACUACUGUCCUAUAUUUAGUAAAAUACUCAGAAGGUUGGAGAAAUGGCUUUCAAAGUAAGUUUGUAUGAGCUGGUGGACAUUUCCAUAGGCACUCCGGAGGUUGGUGUUGUCAAUUUCAAUUCCCUUCAUACCUUCCUCCAUGCCCUCCUCAGACAUCUUAAAGUUGAGGAUAUUUUAACUGAGAUUAAGCAGGAGUGGCAGCCACCCCCAACCUCUGAAUCUGGGAAAGUGCCGUCUGCUGAGGAUGUGACUAAACUGGGAGAUAAUCGACUGGCUAACUUGGAAAAGAAACUAAAGCAGCUGGAGCAUAACCUUCAGGGUGUGGAGGACCAGGUCCGGGGUGUGGAAGAUCAGGUUCAAGGGGUGCAAGACAGCGUCCAUGGGAUGGGUAAAAAAGUGAAAGGGUUCCAGAAACAAGUCAGUAGUAUGGACAGGCCUUCAGCGACAGAGUUGAUUGAGAAGACCAGGAGUGGCAGUGACACUGCGGUGGCUGACAUGUGGCGACUGAUGCAGUUGCAGAAAAAGGUGGAAGCCAAUGAGGAAGGCCUCACACAGGCCUUGUCUUUAUUACAGGACCUAUUGAAUGAGACAGGCAACAUGAAAUCAAAUACAGCCAACUUGGAGGAGGAUAUACAAAGAAUCAAGGAUCACUUAGCUUUGAUAGACCCCCAGGCAUUUGACGAUCGGCUACAGUCUUGCUUAAGUGAUCAGACGAGUUUGGAUCAUGAGCUGAAAGAUUUAGAGAAAAAGCUAAACCAAUUUCCUUCUCCGGAGGAAAUGAACAAUAUGGUACGCUGGGAAGUUCUAGAGGAUGUCCUUUUAAGAGGCAAGAGGAGCCCGAGUCCGGAGACCAGUCCAGUCCAGCACUCCCCAACCUCUAGUACAGGCUCUCCUCAAGAUGGCAAGACCCCUGGUGCAUCUAGAAGAGAAGGAGCACCAGGAGGCAUACCAGCUGCUAUCCCAGGAGUUCAGCCAGGAGGCCAGCCUGGCAUUGCUGGAGUUGAAGGGGCCCAAGUGGGAGCAGCCGGUGGUCCAGGAGCUGUGCCUGGGGCACAUCCAGGAGCUGCUUAUCCUGGGGCCCAGCCUGGCUACCCCAUGUUUCAACCAGGGGCACCUGGGGCCCAGACACCCUACCCUGGAGAACCCGGGUCCCAGCCUGGAGCUCCUGGAGCCCAGGGACCCUAUCCUGGAGCUCCUGGAGCCUACCCAGGAGGUCCUGGAGCCCAGGCACCCUAUCCUGGAGCUCCCGGAGCCUAUCCUGGAGCUCCUGGAGCCUACCCAGGAGGUCCUGGAGCCCAGGCACCCUAUCCUGGAGCUCCCGGAGCCUAUCCUGGAGCUCCUGGAGCCUACCCAGGAGGUCCUGGAGCUCAGGCACCCUAUCCUGGAGCUCCUGGAGCCUAUCCUGGAGCUCCCGGAGCCUAUCCUGGAGCUCCUGGAGCCCAGGCACCCUAUCCUGGAGCUCCUGGAGCCUACCCAGGAGGUCCUGGAGCCCAGGCACCCUAUCCUGGAGUUCUUGGAGCCUACCCAGGAGGUCCUGGAGCCCAGGCACCCUAUCCUGGAGCUCCUGGAGCAUACCCUGGAGGUCCUGGAGCCCAGGCACCCUAUCCUGGAGCUCCUGGAGCCUACCCAGGAGGUCCUGGAGCCCAGGCACCCUAUCCUGGAGCUCCUGAAGCCUACCCAGGAGGUCCUGGAGCCCAGGCACCCUAUCCUGGAGCUCCCGGGGCCCAACCUGGAGCUCCUGGGGCCCAGGCACCCUAUCCUGGAGCUCCUGGAGCCUACCCAGGAGGUCCUGGAGCCCAGGCACCCUAUCCUGGAGCUCCCGGGGCCCAGCCUGGAGCUCCUGGGGCCCAGGCACCCUAUCCUGGAGCUCCUGGAGCCUACCCAGGAGGUCCUGGGGUCCAGGUACCCUAUCCUGGAGCUCCCGGGGCCCAGCCUGGAGUUCCCGGGGCCCAGCCUGGAGCUCCCGGGGCCCAGCCUGGAGCUCCUGGGGGCCAACCUGAAGCUCCUGGAGCCUACCCAGGAGGUCCUGGAGUCCAGGCACCCUAUCCUGGAGCUCCCGGGGCCCAGCCUGGAGCUCCCGGGGCCCAGCCUGGAGCUCCCGGGGCCCAGCCUGGAGCUCCCGGGGCCCAGCCUGCAGUUCCCGGGGCCCAGCCUGGUGCUCCCGGGGCCCAGCCUGGAGCUCCUGGGGCCCAACCUGAGGGUCCUGGAGCUUACCCUGGAGCUCCUGGACCUUACCUAGGAGCUCCUGGACCUUACCCAGGAGCUCCUGGAGUUCAGGCACCCUAUCCUGGAGCUCCCUGGACCCAACCUGGGGCUCCUGGAGUUCAGACACCUUAUCCUGGAGCUCCCGGGGCCCAGCCUGGGGCUUUGGCACCACAACGUGUAGAGCAAGCUGAAGUUCCUGGAGCUCAUCCUGGAAUUCCUGGGGGCGAGACAGUUUACCCUGGAGGCCCACCUGGAGUUUCUGGACUUGCCUAUCCUGGUGCCCCUGGGGCUCAACCAGGUAUUCCUGGGUUCCAGGAAGGAUAUCGUGAUGCCCAGCCUGGGGCUCCUGGAGUACCGACAUACUACCCUGGUGCCCGUGAAGCAUAUCUUGCAGGCCAGUAUGGAGCUCCCUGGCAUCCUUCACCUGUCACACAGUUUCCAGGGCUGCUGACAGUGCCAUCGGGGCCUUCUUUAGGCGCUACACCCCCAGCAUCGCCAGCAUUAACUUCAGAGUCUGUCGUAUCUGGAUCCUCUUUGGCCCCAGCUCGUUAUGCUGAGACUGUGGAUGCCCUUCGCCAGCUGGCCCAGCUGAACAGCCUCUGGUAUUCUUUAAGAGACCGGAUCAACAUGCUGGAACAAUACAAGGUUAAUUAUUCUGAUCUUCAGAGGCUGCAAGACUUCCUCACCCGUGCAGUUGAUAACACCAUGGCCAGAAUCCCACCCAACCUUCAGGAACAGCUCGCUGAACUGAAGUCCAUGGAAGAACAAGUGAAAGAUGAAAAAGAGAAGGUGAACAAGAUUCAGAGAAUUGUUGAAGGAGAUCUGGCAGCAGCAGUGUCAAUGCCAAUCCCAGAGAUGGCAGAGGAGGGAGCUGGUCAGAUCAACAUGCAGAUAGGUUAUCUCAGAGCAACGGUGCAGGAGAUAGAAAAAGAACUAAAGGAGCUGAGAGAGAAGCAGGAUAAGGGCAAAGUAACCCUGGAGCAAUCAGUGACCGACACGGCCCUCGACCUACAAGAACAGUUAGACAAGGUUAGAUCGGUGAUAGAGAACAUGAUGGCCUCCUCGUCCACCUUGCUGUCCAUGAGCGUGCCACCUGCCCUGUCCAUGAGCGUGCCACCUGCCCUGGAACCUGGGGUAACUGCUCAGGUGGCUCAGGUCCAGCAGAGCACGUGUGCAGCUUGCAGCUUAGAUGUCAGUGAGAAGGUUAGCCAGCUGUUCAAGCGCUAUGAGCAGCUGCAGGACUCAAUAAACAGAUUCAUGCUGAGGCAGGUAGAAGGCAAAUCGACCAAGAAACCCAAGGAGCGGCAGGAAGAAGAGAUGCUGAGCAACAUUCAAAGUACCAUCCUGCAAAUCCAGGAAGAUUGUGAGAAGCUAAACAAUACAACAGGCACUCUUGUAGAUGAUCAUCGUCAGAAGCAGAAAGAGAUCGGUAUGUUGUUCAAGUCCCUGGAGAAGCUGGAAAAAAAUAAAGCUGACAAAGAUCGCCUGGUGAUGGAGAUUGAUGUGAAAGCAGAUAAGUCAGCCCUGGCUGCAAAGGUCAGCCGCACCCAGUUUGAUGCCACCACAGAGCAGCUGCAUAAGAUGAUGCAAGAGCUGCUAAACAAGAUGGCUGGGCAAGAGCAAGACUGGCAGAAGAUGCUUGACAAACUGUUGAUAGAAAUGGACUCCAAGUUGGACCGCUUGGAACUGGAUCCAUUCCGACAGCAGCUGGAGGAGCGAUGGAAGAACAUCCGGAAAGAGCUGAAGGAGAGGGUGCCACAAGAUGAAGGUGAUGAAGCUGCUGGGAUCCGGAGGCAACUGCUGGCUCAUUUCCACUGCAUUUCUUGUGACCGGCCUUUGGAAAUGGUGGUGCCUGGCCCGCACAUCCCAUCACUGCCUGCCAUUCCAGGUCUACCUGCUCACCCAUCCCUCCGGCCACAUUUGGUGUAUGAAAUGGAACAAAUACGUCAAAUCAGCCGCAAUCUGAUGUUAGGACCUGGUGCUCGCUUUGACGCGUUAGAGAAGGCUGCGAGUCUCAACAAGCUACGGCACAUCCAUUCCAAGAUGCUCAUGGAGAUCCAGAAGGUGCAGAGCCAUUAUGGUGGAACCCCGAAGGUCAACAUUCAGAUGAUCAGGGAUUUACUGCAGGCCCAGUGUCUGGGGUCCAGCCAGUAUAGCAAACGUGACAAAACUCCUGAGAUGACCGACUACAGCUACAUAAGUGUGCCUCGUCACUGUGGAGGCAGCCACACCCUCACGUACCCCUACAGGCGCAGUGGCCGACUGCAGCAGUUAGCCCAGUGUAUGGCUCCAAUGCAUCCUGAGGAAAAUGCCCUGGUUUCAAUGAUGAAGCAUGAAGAAGUGGAUAUACUGGGCCUGGAUGGUCAUAUCUACAAGGGACGGAUGGAAACGCAGCUCCCAUACAUUACACCGAAGGAAAAUGCUCCAAGACUGAGAAACAAGCUAAUUCGAUCCUCCUCCCAAAAGCAUCAACCAACACUCCCCGACAUCACCAACCUCCCAGUCCGUCCUCAUAGUGCCAAAGUGUCCUUGCGCAGCUCGUCAGCUAAGUCACAAGGUGAGAAGUCCAUGAAGUCUGAAAGGGUCCCUGGAGACCCCAGCAUACAGGACAGAGAAACACUAGAGCUACGUGUGCAAAUUCUCUCGCGCCCAGGAUCAGAUCAACAAUCGACUUAGGCUGAGCGGCUCCUGCCUUGUGCCUCCAUGACAAAAUAGUUCUUAGAGACGACAGCCAGACAAAUAAAAAGUGAACAAAACAGAAGACUGUGCAAAACGGUUGCUGCUGCAGGAUCGAAGCCAUCUUAUACUCUGUGUAUCCAGGAGGCAGCAACCCCUGCCUCUGCCAUGGAGUGAUAUUUCUUAGGGGAGAGGAACAUGGUGGACUAACUCUCCCUUCUGCAGAAACAAAUGCUUCUGGGAUCCGGCAGGUCAUUCAUUCUGUUUGUCCGAGAAAAUUUAUUAGUUAAUACAAAACCCUGUGUUUAAACUGUAUAAAGAGCAAAUGUGCUGA